CUAACCAUUGGUCUAUCUCUGUAUUACCAUAAUUUUAUAUCCUCUAACCAGUGGUCUACCUGUGUGUAAUGUUACCAGUUUCAUAUCCUCUAACCAUCUGUCCAUGUAUCCACCAGGCUGGCGGGUUGAGAUGAUGGUUGCAUGUGCUGGUCACGUGACAAUCAACCUCCUGUGUGCGAUGACCGCCCAGCUCUGGGCCUUCUAUCUGACCGCUAUCUGGACCGGCUUCUUCAGAAUGGCGGUCGUGACCUUGCCCUUUGUGUUGGCUAAUCAAUUCGCCCUGGAUCAGGGUGGAGAGAAGAACACAGGGGUGGCUCUGGCUUGUGUGGCGUCCAUGUUGCCAGGUGGUUUUCUCGUCUGCUCGGCGUUGCUAGGGCCGCUCAUUGACGUCACAGGAAAUCCGGCCACGCCCAUCUAUUACACGGCGGCCACCGCCCUCCUUGGAGGAGUCACCAUCUUCUUUCUAAAGUAAGGUUGGAGGAGUCACAAUCUACUCUCUGAGAUAGAGCAGAGGAGUCACCAUCUUCUUUCUAAAGUAAGGGUGGAGGAGUCACAAUCUACUCUCUGAGGUAGAGCAGAGGAGUCACCAUCUUCUUUCUAAAGUAAGGGUGGAGGAGUCACAAUUUACUCUCUGGGGUAGAGAAGAGGAGUCACCAUCUUCUUUCUAAAGUAAGGGUGGAGGAGUCACAAUUUACUCUCUGGGGUAGAGCAGAGGAGUCACCAUCUUCUUUCUAAAGUAAGGGUGGAGGAGUCACAAUCUACUCUCUGAGGUAGAGCAGAGGAGUCACCAUCUUCUUUCUAAAGUAAGGGUGGAGGAGUCACAAUUUACUCUCUGGGGUAGAGCAGAGGAGUCACCAACUUCUUUUUAAAGUAAGGUUAGAGCAGUCAUAAUCUACUCUCUGAGGUAGAACAGAGGAGUCACCAUCUUCUUUUUAAACUAAGGUUGGAGGAGUCACAAUUUACUCUCUGAAGUUGAACAGAGGAGUCACCAUCUUCUUUUUAAAGUAAGGUUGGAGGAGUCACUUUCUAAGUUACAUUUGGACCAUUCACCAUUUUAUUUCUAAAGCAGAGACGGAGGCGACUGACUCUAUCUUCUGUCUAAAAAUAGGUUUGGAAGAGUCACACUAUUCUUUUAUAAAAGUAGAUUUGAAUCAUUUUUAUUGUCUAAAUUGUUAAUAAUAAACAAUCAAUAAUUGGAAUUGUAGAAUUGGCUGAAUGAGAAAGUUAGUCUAGUUUAACCGAAUUCGUCCCAGUUAGCCAUACAGCUAUUCAUUAAAUUGCAUAAACAUUUGCUAGAGUAUACUCAAAUAGAAAAUAAUGUGCAUAGAUAGUCACGGUAGGCCUGUUAAACACAAAACAUCAGCAGGCACCAGCUUGGUCAGUCUACAAGCAACUACAAGACAAAAUAUCCCUGACACAUUCAAGUUAGCGUGGAUAAUUAUUGUUACACUUCCAUUUAAAAUGCAAUAUUCUGGUAGGCCUAUUCUGAGGCAGCUACACAGUGUGUUAAUUCAGUCACGAACGUGUUGAUAUCUACUCUAAUGUGCAGUGUGUUAGUGUUAUGUUGAUGUUAAAAAAUUCUGUAUUAUUUACUUGAGUGUCCUUGGUUAUAAUUUAUCUUAAUUAAUGCGCUUAUUCUUUUGCGUGUAUUCGAUUCACUAUGUUAAAUAAAAUUAAAUUGCUAAUUAACCUCGCCUGUUUUUACUUUCAUGAUAUUAAUUCCUGUUAUUGAUUAAGUUAAUGUGUUGGAUAAAAAAAAGUACAUAACCUGCUACAUACCACAGCGGUUUCCCGAUAGUAUGUGACAGAAUACAUUUUUACAUGGGUGUUUUCGGCUGAUUGUAACAACACAUUCGGAUAUAAAACUA